AUGUCCUCUCCAAUAUCGUCUUCUGUUGAUCCGGCUACCAAGUCCUCCCACCAAGCUGAAGCUCGCACCCAAACCCGCUACCAAUCUCCGGGCGAUUUAGAUGUCGAGAUCGCAAACCUUCUUCCCUACUCCGUUCUCCUCACACUCACUCACUCAAGGGUCCAAGUAAUGGCUGAAAACCUGGAACUUCUCACCCUCGAAGCGAUCCCCACAUGUUUUUUUGCGCUUGAAAAGCUUGCAACAACCAUUCUCCACAGCCUUCAGUUUGGUGCAACUUCCGUGGAGCUGUCUCACCAAGAAUUGUUCAACAUGCAGAUCAACCCCUUUGUCCCUUUUGAAGAUGCAUUGUCUAUGCUGAGAGGUCAAACCUUUGCCAAUCUCAAUAAGUCCCCCCUUGAGAAUCGCAUCUCAAUUCUAGUCAGGGAUGUCGUCGAUACGCAGGAAGGUAUUGAGGAGCUUGCUGGCACAUGUCUUCCUCAACAUUUCGAUUCUCUUGAACGCACUCUGGCCCACAUUCAGGGAAUCAUUGCGCGUCCUCAACUUAUACAGGUCCUACACACUGGAGCUGGGAAGCAAACUCACACUGAAACCGCCUCACCCCCAAUCCCUCAUCCAACUGGUGAAUUGCUGCGCACCCAUCGCGCAAGUACCGUUAGCACAGUUCCUCGAGCCCAAUCCCUCGUGUUCUUCUCCCAAGAAUUAAACUCGGCCAUAUUCAACACGGCCACCUCGACCAUUUUCAAAUUUGCGGAUGUUCUGGGGGGAAUCUCCCCCCAUGAAAUGGAGCUGGUUUUGUCGGCUCCCACUUCUGGUGCCGGGACUUACGAAGAAAAACUCGCCAAGCUCACAGCAUUGGAGAAUGAGUUGAUCCGUGAUAUAAUCUCAACCAUGGACCCGACUCGAUUAGUUACAGAUGCCGAAGAAUUCCAAGGAAGAGUUGAGCGACAUGUUCAAUCCCAUGAACCAUAUUGUGAUUUACAGUCUGAUCUGAUGUUCAUGCGCACUCAAUCAGUGAUCUCGUCCCAACAGAACUUCGUGAAUCCCCCCCCAGAUUUGCCCCAAACGUCCGAAAACCUGCACCCCGCUGAAGCAACUUAUGCCCCCGCCAAGGCACACAGCUCUCCGCCGGUAAUACAAUCCGAAGUCACUGAAGCCGCCAUUAUUAGAACCCCACCGUUGGCAUCAAUUGAUCCAACCAAAAGAAGCGACCCAAACAACGACGGAGACACUAAUUACAAGCGCACCGAGUUCUGA